CUGCCUCUCAGGCAGCACCGACUUUCAGCUAUGCGAUGAUGAUGAUGGGAGGAGGCCGAGCUGCUACAAAUAACUAUGGGAUGGGAGGAGGAAACUAUGGAAUGAGAGGAGGCGGAGUUGCUGCAAACAACUAUGGGAUGGGAGGAGGAAACUAUGGGAUGAGAGGAGGCGGAGCUGCUACAAACAACUAUGGGAUAAGAGGAGGAAACUAUGGGAUGACAGGAGGCGGACUUGCUACAAACAACUAUGAGAUAGGAGGGGGCCGAGCUGCUACAAACAACUAUGGGAUUGGAGGAGGCAGAGCUGCUACAAACAACUAUGGCAUUGGAGGAGGCCAAGCUGCUAUAAACCACUAUGGGAUGAUUAAUCGCAUGGGAAAUGUUGGAAUGGGUAACAUAGGAAGUAAUCUUCUUGGGGGCCAAAACCUGAACUCAUGGGCAUAUGAUAUGGGAAGCUCAUCGACAAGAUAUGGGAAGCUUCAAUCGACCGAUGGACAUUUUGACGGCACCAUCACCAAAUAUGCUACAGGAAUUCCUGCUUACCAGAACAUCAAUGGUGGUUUGACAUUGCCUCCAUUUCAACCUCAUAGCUUGACUAGCUACACACUCCUUGACUGCUCUCCUUUCAAGGCACGCCAGACUGGAAAGUCCUCUUCUGUUGCAAGGCGCCCACGCAAUGGGAACAACAUUAACCCUCACAGGAGGUGCACCAACUAUAAUUGCAACACUAAUGAUACUCCCAUGUGGCGUAAAGGUCCUCUUGGUCCCAAGUCAUUAUGCAAUGCUUGUGGAAUAAAAUAUCGGAAGGAAGCGGAGAAACGAAAAGCCAAAGAAGCAGCCAAAGAUUCAAAAGCUUGAAGGAUUUCAAAGUUCUCAAAGAAAUUAAAAUAAAAGCUUGCUUUUUUUCAUAAAAAGUAGUUUGGACCUUGGUGUGUUGUUUUUAUGUUGUUGCUGUUGUAACUUCUAUAAAUCGACUAUUUAAGCUUCUUUCCGCCAAACAAUGGCAAGAACAUAUAGAAAUAUAUUAUGCUUCAAAAGGUUGGCAUAAACUAUUGGCUUAAUAAGUAAAGUGAAAUUUAUAAAUUUAUUCUCAUAUUACAGCAUAAUUAA